AUGGCGCCCAAGAAAGGAGGCGGCUCGAACAAGUCGCGCGGAAACGCGACUGAGGAGGUGGAGGAGACGUUGCAGGCUGUUGUGCUUGCGGACACUUUUGAGACGAGGUUUGAACCUUUUACUCUUGAUAAGCCUCGGUGUCUUUUGCCGCUUGCGAAUACCCCGUUAAUCGAGUAUACCUUCGAGUUCCUUGCCAACGCCGGUGUCGAGGAGGUUUUCCUGUAUGGAGGUGCGCACUCGGAUAAACUGGAGAGUUACAUCAACGCUUCAAAAUGGAGAGCGCCCUCUUCGCCGUUCAAGAAGUUCACCUUCCUCAAGUCCACCUCUACAUCAGUCGGAGAUGUCAUGCGAGAUCUCGACGGCAAGCAUCUGAUCACGGGCGACUUCCUUGUCGUAAGCGGCGAUGUGAUCAGCAACCUACCCAUCGAAGGCGCCCUAGCGAAGCACCGUGCUCGCCGUCAAGCAGACAAGAAUGCGAUUAUGACGAUGAUUCUGCGCGAAGCUGGCAGGAAGCACCGGACAAAGGCCUCAUCCGUGUCCCCGGUUUUCGUUGUCGACCCGACCAAGGACCGCUGUCUGCAUUACGAAGAGAUCGACCAUCACUCUCCUGAAUCCUCCCGCCUGAAUAUCGACGCUGAGAUUAUUACAACAUUCUCCGAGAUUGAUAUCCGACAAGACCUCAUUGAUUGCAAUAUCGACAUUUGCACCCCGGAUGUUCUGAGCUUGUGGUCUGACAGCUUCGAUUACCAGACUCCGCGAAAGCAGUUCCUCUACGGUGUUCUGAAAGACUAUGAACUGAACGGGAAGACGAUUCACACGCAUAUCAUUGAGGACCAUUACGUUGCCCGAGUUAGGAACCUGAAGGCGUAUGAUGCCGUGAGCAAGGAUGUUAUUUCUCGGUGGGCCUAUCCCUUGUGUCCCGAAACCAACCUGCUGCCGGGCCAUAACUAUGAGCUUCGAAAGGGUACACUGUACCAGGAACAGGACGUGACGCUGGCUCGUUCGUGCGUCGUGGGCCGACGGACGGUCAUUGGCCAAGGGACCAGCAUUGGCGAUAAGUCGAUCGUGAAGGACACAGUACUCGGCCGGAACUGCAAGAUCGGCAAGAACGUCACGUUGGAAGGGGCAUACAUCUGGGACAAUGCAGUCAUUGGCGAUGGAACAACCAUCCGCCACGCUAUCAUUGCGGAUGGUGUCGUGAUUGGAAAGAACUGCACUGUCGAAUCAGGUGCCUUGAUCUCUUUCGGUGUGAAGGUUGCGGACGGUGUGCUGGUCAAUGAGGGCAGGCGGAUAACAAACGCUUCUCGGGAAGAUGAUGACGCUCCACCAUCAAGUGAACCAAGCAUCGUAGGCGAGGGUGGUGAGGGAUAUGAAUACGUUCCAUAUGACGAGGACGAGGAUGACGACGAGACGGCCAGCAAUGCGUCGUCAGGCUUGAUCUACAAUAUGGCAAACCUCUCUCUUUCUACAGAUUCCAUCUCGACACUAUCCUCAGAGAUCUCAGACUACGGGGGAUCCCGCUCCGGAAGCUUCGCAACCUCCGUCUCUGACGACGAGGACCAAGACUCCCAUUUCGUCCAAGACGCUGCAGCCAGCGUCUUCGACAGUUUACGAGACGGCGUCACAUCCGACGUCGUACAACUAGAGCUAGUCAGUCUCCGCAUGACGGCCAACGCCUCAGACCACGAAGUCCGACGAGCCGUCACUUCAGCCUUCAUGAAGCGCGUGGCACAGUUAAUGGAAGCUGGCCAGGGCGCAAGAGAUGCCGUCCACGACAUGUUCAGCAAGUACCACGAGAUCAUCGAGCGUGCACUGUUCGACCGUGAGACCGGCGCAAAGCCCGAUCAGGUCGACCUGAUGGUCCUGUUCCAGCAGGAUCUCGUUCACCGUCCCCGCGGUGAGACUGUGCUCUUGUUUUUGGCUAAGGAGCUGUACGAGCUGGAAGUUGUCGAGGAGGAGGCCUUGGAGCAAUGGUGGGCGGAUGAGCGGUCAACCGCUACCGAGGAAAUGCGUAAGGUGCGCAGUCAGACGCAACAGUUUAUUGACUGGCUUGCGGAGGCUGAGGAGGAGGAUAGCAGUGAAGAGGAAGAAGAAGAAGAAGAAAGUGAUGACGAAUGA